UGUCAUUCAAGUUUCGAGAUUUGGGCACCGCUCCGCAGAACAGGAUUAAGCGGACGUUUUACACCAUUGCCAUCAGCAGAAACUACGAGUUCACGUUGUACGCCAUCAUACUUUUGAAUAUCGUUUCCGCAGUCGUCGAAAUGUUAUUACUAUACUACCAUAUUCCGGAUUUUGAUAUUAUGGUCAUCGUGAACACUAUCUUCUUUACCAUAUAUUUGGUGGAUUUUUUCAUCAAGAUUGUGGGGUACUCCAACUACAGCCUCUCGCAAGGUGUCAAACUCUUUUUCAGGUAACACAAUCCACACUAAUUAGUUAAAAUUCCUCUCAUGAAUGAUUCUAGGUUGAUUUGGAAUCGUCUCGACUUUAUGAUGCUCAUCCUCGCAACGAUCGACAUCAUAAUAACCAAUUUGAUUUACUUGUCUAAUGCGAUUCGUUAUAAUUACGUGCUGGAAUCGUUUGCAAUUUUGAGGAUAUUCCGCAUCUUGAGGCUCUCAAAACUCGUCAGCGAAAAGUUCUACCUGAAAAUGCUGUCGCAUUGCGACAAUUUGAUAGAUAAUAGACUGACAUACGCGUUUACAAUUGGAAAAGUAAAUUGAUGGACGCUGCUGUCAUUGAAAUAUAAUUAGUCUCAUUCUGGCUGCAGGCUUUGGUGAUUGGUUACGAGGAGGCGACUGAAUUGAUUCCGAAAAUCGUGAACAACUUCAAAAUCCAAGAGGGAAUUCGCAGUCAACUGGAGAACGAUAAGGUGACCGUAUCUAAGGAGCUGGGAAUCAUUGCCAAGGAGCGACCGUGGAUAGCUACAAAUGUGAAAACGAAACAGGCCAUCCUAGCAACUCUUGUCUUCAUGAGGAAUAACAUUUACCAAUUGAAAACCGACGGUGAGUUUGUUAUUUCAUUUCUUAUUUUAUAUAUAUGCGUGUUUAACAUUAGGAGUUGUUGAUGUUUUUGAGUUUGGUAAGCUGAAGAAAGCUCUCGAUGGUCGCUUUAGAGCUGCUUCUUAUUACAAAACGAUGACAGCCGUUAGUCCAAAGGCGUUCUUCUACGAGGUCCCAUGGUUAUGCGGUGAUGAAGCUAUCAUGGAUUACCUCUACAUAAACGGAACAACGAAAAUUUGGGACGCGAACGAAGUGCUUUGCAGUCCGGGAGAUACAGCUGAAGGAAUCUAUAUUCUUGUUGCAGGUCUCAUUAAAAUGCAAUAUGAUCCAUCCGAUGAAAUGCUUACGCUUUUGAAGAACUACGGAGCGCUGCCAAUCAAGGAUUUCCUAAAUAAUAAGAGAUUUAAAGAAAAACACGAGGAAUAUGUUCUAAUGGGAAAUACUAUCGGGGAGAUUGCAGUUCUCACCGGACGGCCGCAUAGUUGCACUAUAGUUGCUGCAGUCCCAAGUCAAACAUACAUCAUACCCACUGAUGCUAUUAAUGCUGCUAUGCACUUAAGUGCAGAUCCAAUCGAGGGAUUGGCUGCAAGACUUUGGAAAUACAUUUCCUGGAAUCUGUGUAGAAGCAUUUUAUCCGAGACUCCGGUUUACCAGAAUGCGAGCCAGGACCAACUGAAUUUAAUCUUGUACCGUGGCGUCGUUCCCAAUUUGAACUGCUAUGAAAUCCUGGUACUUUCGGAACUGGUGGAGUUUAUAAUCAUUAUCGAGGGUUUGGUCGUCGAUCACAACACCAGAGAAAUAUACACUGCCCCGUGCUUUCUGCCCAGAACCGUACACAAGAUCAUCAUACCGGAUUGCAGCAAUAUCAAGUUAAACAUCAAUAUAGUCACGAAAUUGAUGAUGUUCCCAAUUAAAGGUAUAGAUGCGAGCGAAAUGAUGAUGGAGGAACAACGCAUAUCAGAUCUAGUGCCACAUCCGAAAAGCGAUUGUAUCGUGAAAAUCUCGCCGAUGGUUAAAAUAAAGAAGCGUGUUAACAUUAAAUCACAAAUGAAAAGAAUUCAAAGUAAAAUUCCGAACACUGUCAGCUCCAGGUUUUAUCCGGGCGAAGCCGGAGAUAGCAACUUGAAAUCUAUCAGCAGAAUGGUUGAAACUACUGCAAUUUAAACUGUCAUUUAAUUUAAUUUAUAAAAUAUGAUAUUUAAGCC